AAAAAGCUUAAACUCCCUAUUAAAGCAACUGCUUUAGCCUAUACUUUAAAAAAAAAAGGCUAUUUCCAGUAUAAAGUACUUUACAAACUAUUUUUUACUUCAGCCAAUAAAAAAGUAAGGUUAGCCUGGGCAUUUAAAUACUUAAAUUAG